GGCUACAAUGCAUGCAAGUAGACAGGAACCUGGUUUCCGCCAAGCUGGUAGGAGAAAUGCUGGCCUCGACAACAUCCACCAAGCUCAACUCAACUCCUGAAGUGGGUCUGCACAACUUUGUGAAGAUUCGGCUCUUGGGUUUGGGCACACAUGGGCGCGUCUACCUUGUGAAGGCAAAGGGACUGGCCUUAACAGGACACUUUGCCAUGAAGGUAAUUAGCAAGUCGGACUCUGUCCGGCACGAUCGGGUCCAUCGAACGAUGACAGAGCGAGAGGUGCUGGCUAUUGCAGACCAUCCGUUCAUUGUCAAGCUGUACUACGCGUUUCAGACCAAGAGGUUUUUGUACAUGGUUUUGCAGCAUUGCGAAGGCGGGCAUUUGCAUCAAACGAUUCGGGCACAAACGCACGGCUUCCUGCCCGAACACGUGGCUCGGUUUUACGCUGCAGAAGUGCUUGUGGUGCUCGAGUACUUGCACAUGAUGGGCGUGCUGUACGACGAUCUCAAGCCCAAGAACAUUCUACUGCGAUCCAAUGGCCACAUCGUUCUAUGCGACUUUGACUCGAGUUCGAUGGUCAAUCCGAUGGAGCGCGGGGCCACCGCAUCGCCCCCCGGGCGGCGGCGUCGACGGCGUCCAUGGGACUGCCUCGCGAGGUGCCUCAACGGUUGCUGGAAUAACCACAACCACGUGUCGCCAUUGGACACGAUCAUGCCCAUCUCCUUCCACUCGUUCCCCAGCAGCGCUCCCCAGCGCAAAUCCCUCGCCACCGUGGAGUACGCCGCGCCCGAGGCCCUCGCGUCCCCCUCCCACGUCGUUGUGCCUGCCAGCGACUGGUGGGCGUUCGGCGUCCUCUUGUAUCAGAUGCUCUUUGCCAAAACCCCGUUCCAAGGCGACAACGACGAGGAUACGAGGCAAAACAUCCUGCAUGACGAUCUUGUGUUGCCGUACACCCCCACCGUGUCCCCCGCGUGCCGCGACUUGUUGUUUCUCCUGCUAGACAAAAACGUGCGCACGCGAUUGAAAUCCAACGGCGCGAUCAAAGCCCAUCCAUUUUUCCAGUCGAUCGAUUGGAAUCGCAUUCAAGACCAGACCCCGCCCCUCAUCCCCAAGGCCCAGCCCCUCGCGCCAGCACUCAAAGACCAGCUGGAAGACCCCCCCUGCGCUUGCGACCUCGUUGCCCCCGACGACCAGCGCUUCGACGCGUUCAACUUUACGUGGCGACGAACUACUGGCGACUUUAUCUCGUGAAUAGCACAACAUUACCGUCACCUCUUGAUGGCUUUGUAGGGUCAUUUUGAUACUGUAAUACUUCAGGCAUCAGUAGUUUGGAUGAGGCCAACAGCACGACUCCGUC